CUUCCGGUGGGGUUUUGCAGCCUGGGGAGGCUCCGGCUUUGGGGAGAUGAACGGAAUGGAGAGCAGAGUGGCGUCAUCUGCUAGGUCUGGAUGGUCCCUCACUACCAGGCGAAGGAAAAGGAUUGCAGCAAGAGCAGCUCUGGAGGGGCCGGUGACCUUCGAAGAUGUGGCCGUACAUUUCACAGAGGGGCAGGCGGCUUUGCUGGAUCCGGACCAAAGAGCCCUGUACAGGGAGGUCAUGCUGGAGAAUUAUGGGAACGUGGCUUCGUUGUUGGUAGAAUCUCCGGUUUCCAAGCCUGGCUUUAUCUCCUGUCUGGAACAAGGCAGCGUUCCAUGGGGUCCAGAUUCCCAGGUCUUGGCUGAAACAGAGCUGGCUGGCUCAGCUGUCAAAAGGGCGCGGAGAAUCCAUUUACGCUGACCGUUUGUUGAUUUCCAUGAAGCAGGUAAAUCAUUUAAAAGAGUGUAUACAUCAGCAAAUCUUAAAGACUGCUCCAGUACAAACUUUAUCCAUAUAAUAACCUCCUCUCAAAAAGAAGCAACUACUGGACAUUGCCAAAACAUAUGUUUAAAAGAAGCAUUAGCUGCAUUGCACAGCCAGCGAUUAGCUGAAUUAAGACAGUUCCUUAUUAAAGGGAAUUUGCAGCGUCCAGUAGACACGAAACAAAAGGUUUUGCUGAAUAAGACGCAGUGUAAGAUCGAUAGACGUGACCAGGAAGACACCAAAGCAGCCAUCUACUGAUUAGGGAUCUUGUGGUGGCACGCAGAACAGAUUCUCAAAUGUGCUCAUGGGUCCAAAAAGGUUGGAGACCCCUGGGUUUAGAGUGCUGGACUGGGACUGGGGAGACCUGAGUUCUAGUCUCUGCUCAACCAUGAAGCUCACUGGGUGACUUCAGGCCAGUCACUGACUCUCAGCCCAACCUACCUCACAGGGUUGUUGUGAGGAGAAAAUGAAGAGGAGGACCAUGUAAGCCACCUUGGGCUCCUUAGAGGAAAGGCAGGAUAUAUAGGGUGACCAUGUGGAAAGGAGGACAGGGCUCCUGUAUCUUUAACAGUUGCACAG